GCCCUUCAGAGUUUAGGAGAUUCGUGAAACCGAUCAGUCCCUCCGGCUAAGCUCGCGCAUGGCGACAGCGAUGAAGAGGGCUGCACUCAGCUGGAGAAUGGCAACCACCUCUGCUGCAGCUGCAGCUGCUGCGCCUGCUGCCGGAUCUGACCAGCUGCACGAUGCCGUUCAUCAGAUCUCAUCAGUCAAUGGCAAUCGUGGCAAUGAGCCCAAUGAUGACGGUGACGGUGCCCAUGGUGGUCCACAGGCAGACAUGCGUGUGCUGAUGCGGUCGCUCUCGGCUUGUGGAUCAAUGGGUGAGCUGCGGCAGAUGGUGGACCGACAUGGCGGCUCUCUCGAUGUUCCCGCGUGUGCCAUGGCUCUGCACAGGUGGGCGGACGGGUGGGCGCAUCGCAUCGAAGCACAAGACGCAUUGCAUUGCAUUCAUCACAAAUUCGUUAACUGAUUGAGUGAUUGCGAUGGGCCAAUGUCUGUCUGUCCAUGUGUUGUGUUGGUCUCUUCUCUUUGUGUGUGUGCAGGUUGGCGAGGCUGUCGCGCAAGCCACUCGAGGGCGUGAAGACCAAACCCAGAUGGUCUCCCAGCGACGCUCUCUGCGACACCCUGCUCUCCCAGCUCCUCUCAGUCAUCACUCGCACACCCAAUGGCAACACCACCUCAAUCGCCCCACGCGACGCGGCCAUGGCGCUUGUGGCCAUCGCGCGGCUGCACCCUGGGUGGGAGAGGGAGAGCGAGAUAUGGACGAGGCUGUUGGAGGGCGGCUUGAUGCCGGUCAGGGCGACGGUGGGGGCAGAAGUGAUAAAGGACGUUGUGUGGGCUGCGGCGAGGGCAGGGCGUGGCGACAGUGCGGUGCGGCCGUGUUUGGAGGCGCUUGUGUGUGAGGUGACGCUGGAGAGGCGCUAUGUUGGUUUCCGGCCAAGGGACCUGUUCUCUUUUCUGUGGGCGUGUGGGAGUCUGGGCAUCGAUUUGGGAGGCUUGGCUAGCUACACUGCCACCAACGACUACCUGCUCGCACACUUACAUGUAUCUAAGGAUGCAGGCAGACACACACAGAGAGGGCUCCACACGUGUGUGUGUGUGUGUGUGUGUGUGUGUCAGGAUCUCACCCCAACGGACUGUGUGCUCAGUUGCUCCGCGUGUCUCUCUCAACUGAGCCGCUCUCAGAGCUCCCAGCAGCAGGGCAGGUCGGCAGCUCGGCGAGAGAUUGAGAGGGUCCUUUCAGCGAUCGGCAGACACGCCAUGUCGCAAGCAGACUGCGCAAACCCACACACAAGCACAUGGGACGCCAAGUGCUACGCCGGUCUGUUGCGCGUGUGCGCCAAGCACCAGUACAAAGACACUCGGCUGCUCGGCCACAUCUCUCGGCAGCUGCUGGGGCAGAUGGACCGAUGCCGUGUGCAGGACCUUGCCAAGACGGUGUGGGCGUGCGCGGCGCUGAGCUACACCAACAGGGAACUGUUUGAGGCGAUUGAGCGGCAGCUGAUGGGGCAGUUUCUUAGAGAGGGAGAGGGAGAGGGGGUGCGGAUGAGGCCGAUUGAGGUAGGAAGGCAAGGCUGGCGGCCAGUGAGAGGCCAUUCCAUUCCACCCCCCACACACAUCACGCCAUCUUAUCUUCCUUGGCAGGUGUGUCAUUUCAUGUGGGGCUUUGCGUCGAGAGGGUAUCGCUCCCCCGAGCUGUUUGAUGCCCUCAGCGAUGUGGCGCUCGCCGACAUUAAGAACUACUCGCCGCACGACAUGGCAGUAAGGGUGUAGGCCCACAUCCGGCGUCGGUAUCUCUCUCUUUCUCUCCCUCUCUCUCUCUCUCUCUCCCUCUCUCUCUCUCUCUCUCUCUGUGUGUGUGUGUGUGUGUGUGUGUGUAGAUCGCUGUGUGGAGCUUUGCGUCGACGCAGAACCUCAAGGAAGAGCUCUUCCGGGCCAUUGCCAGAGAGGCCGUCUCAAAGCUCACCAAGUUCUCCGCCCAGGUACCUAGGUAGCAGAAGGUCCUUUCAUCCAUCCAUCCAUCCCUUCCUCCAUCGAUGCGCUCAACACACACUCACUCAGGACCUCGCCAACACCAUCUGGGCGUUCUGCCGCGCCGGAUUCUACUUCGACAACCUCUUCGGCCCCCUGACCGCACACACGAUGCAGCACAUGCACCGGUUCAAGCCACAUGAGGUCGGUCCACAGACACCCUCGACAGAGAGAGAGAGAGAGAGAGACAUGGAUGUCUUGUAUGUGUGUGCAGGCGGCGAGCACUGCGUGGGCUUUUGCGACCAAGAGAGAGGGGGGAGGGGGGCAGCGAGAGAGACAGGGGGAGGAGGAGGUGCUGGUGGGCUUGCGCACGGCCAUCGAGCGGCAACAUGGGCUCGCAGCACUCUCGUCGCAGAGCAUACUCGCUGCCGGUAAGUCAGCAACAGACAAUCACAUUCUUGGUUCUUCUUCACCCGUCUCAGUGUGGAGUUUCUCUGUGACGGGUUUGCUCACGCCAUCGUUCCUGGAUGAGUCGAGGCGGCUGCUCAUCAACAGAGCAAAGGAACAUGAUGCUCUCGUGGCCACAUCCAUAUCGACCUCCCCUGGUGGUGCUGUGGAUUUCCGCAAGCGCAAGGGCGACCCUGGAGAUGAUCAUGUCGGUGUUGGUGUGUCCUCUGGUAAAGUUGAUAUUAUGGGAGGGGAGAGGGAGAGGGAGAGGGAGAGCUGUGGUGGUGGUGGUGGUGAGACGGCCAUGGCGACCGAGCCUUUUGUGCUGCAGCACCAUCCUGAAGUGCUGGUAUGAUUGCAGCUUCCGUGAAAUGUCUGUAUCCUCUCUCUCUCUCUCUCUGUGUGUGUGUGUUAGAUAUUGGGCAAGCCGCCAUUCUGGAGUGUGACGACCACAUGGACCCCAAUGGAAGGCGACACCAACACCAACACACCAACAUACUCAUACCAAAGUGAGUCAGUCAGUGUGGGUGAGCUUAGCACCUAUCUAGAGCACACCUGACCCACUCACACACCCCUCCAUCUCUCUCUCCGUGUGUGUGUGUGCAGUGUCCGAGCGUCUGCCUGUGCAAGAGACCAGCAGCACACCUGACCCACAUGAUGAGGAUGCAGAAACGGAAGACGAGCAUGAAGAGGAGACGGAGCUUCGUUCGGUGGUGGGGUGGGUGCGAGAGCGCUAUGAGCCGUCUCAGCCCAUUCAUGCUGACCCCGCAGUCGCGCGGGCGUUCCUCCAUCGACUUGACUAUGAGACCAGUGGUGCGGUUUGUGGGCAUCCGUCUGUCGAGUAUCUCAUUGUGUCUCAUUGGCUCUCUUUCUCCCUGUCGUUCAGGCCCGUUGCUGAUUGCCCGCACUUAUACGUCAUGGGCCAAUCUGCGCAUCCAGAUGCAGAGCCAUCAGCUGACGAAGGAGUAUGUCUGUCUGGUGCAUGGGAAUGUCCCUAUCGGCCAGCAGCAGAGAGGUGCGCUCUUGCCAUGAAUACACACGCAGAGAGAGAGAGAGAGAUAUGGAGAAGCGGCCAUUGUUGAUGUGCGUGUGUGUGUGUGGGUGUGCGUGUGCAGUUGAUGCACGGAUCGAGACGCUGACGGACUACCCCCACACCAGCAAGACCAGCCGCGUGCACCCCAACGGCAAAGUAAGAUACUCAUCCACACACACACGCACACACGCGUAUAUCUAUCUCUCUCCCUGUCUGUGUGGGUACGUCUUCACUGCAGCCAGCAAUCACUCUGUAUGAGUGUGUGGGCCACUACAGGCGCAACUCCGCGCCUUUCAGCCUUCUCAAAGUCACCCUCCUCACCGGCCGCACACACCAGAUUCGGUGCCACAUGCAGCACAUAGGCCAUCCGGUGGUUGGGGACAGCAAGUACCACUCCAGAGGGGAGAGAGAGAAAGGCGACAACGGCAAAUCGAGAGGGGACGACCGAAAAUGGUACGGCUGUCUGUGUGGGGCUAUCAUUCCAUUCACGAAAGUAUCGAUCCAUCUGUCUGUCUGUCAUUGGUGUGUGCAGGUGUCCGCGAACGUUCCUGCACUGCCAGCAGCUGGGCUUCACAGACCUUCAAGUACGAACACGUGCGAGGAAUAAUCAAUCGCAUAAUUGUCUGAUCCCACGAUGGCAUCGAUCAGGGCGACGCCGUGGUGGUGAGAUGGGACCUGCCCCCAGACUUGCAGGACGUCCUGAGCGUGGGCAUGCAGCCGGCAUGAGACGAAUGGAUGGAUGAGCCGGCUGCUGGUCGUUGUGUCAGGCAGGCUGACUGAUUCUCAUGAUGGGAGUGCGUGGAAAGAUUUCCAGAUGGACUGACGGAUGGCUGGAUGGAUGGGUG